GGCCGAGCCCAGCCUCCGCCGCUCGGCGGUAACCGCCCGGGGCCGGACUGCCGCGGGAGCGCGGCUCGCGGCCUCCCCCGCCGCCCGCCCCCCCCCGGCGGAGCGAACCACUGCGGCUCGCCGAGGAGGUGAGGCACCUGUCACCCGCCGGCGGCGGCGGCGGGCGGCCCCGCGGCGGGCGGCGGCGGCGGCUCGGGGCGCGUCCCGCGGCGGGGGGGGCGCGGCGGCCGCGGCGUGGCGGAGGGGCGGGCGGCGGGCGGGAGCGCGGCUGCGGCGGGGCGCGGCGGCUCUCCUCCCCCGCGCUGCCGCCGCGGGUGUGCGCGCGGAGCCGCGUCGGUGCCCCGGCCGCUGCCGUUGCCUGCAAUGGCGUUGAGGCGCCGCGGCGGUUGGUGCCUCCUGUCAGGCGGGCGGCGGCAGCAGCGGCCGUUCCCCACAGAGGCGCCGAGCCGCCGCGGGCCGGAGGAGGAGCGGGGUCAGCGCUGAGGCGGGAGGCUGUGGGAGCCCGCCGCGGCUCUCGGCUGGGUUAAAUCCGCUGUUGUUCUUGAGUGUCCUUGGUUGUGCUGCUUGGUCAGAACUGGCCGCAUGUGUUUAGAUCUUUGCCUCCAGAUCUGUCAAGUGGGGCCCUGCUGAAGGGCAGUGCCCCCUGAGAGCACUCCUCAGGCAGAAUCACAGCUGAGAGACCACUGAGAGCAGUACCUCAGAAACUAUGUAAGCUGGUUUUGCACUCCUGGAGUAAACAUGAUGAAAACGGAGUCUUCAGGAGAAAGAUCAACCCUCCGAAGUGCCUCUCCUCACAGGAACGCUUACAGAACUGAGUUCCAGGCGCUGAAAAGCACCUUUGACAAACCGAAAUCAGAUGGAGACCAGAAAGCGAAAGAGGAAGGAGAGGCCUCGCAGAGCAGGGGAAGGAAAUAUGGCUCAAAUGUCAAUAGGAUUAAGAACUUAUUUAUGCAGAUGGGCAUGGAGCCCACUGAAAGUGCUGGGGUUACCCCUAAAACCAGAGGAAAGGGUGGCCCUCCAUCACCUCAAAGACGAGUUAGGCCCAAAGAAUUUGUAGAAAAAGCUGAUGGUUCAAUUGUAAAACUGGAAUCGUCCGUCUCAGAAAGGAUCAGUAGGUUUGAUACGAUCCACGAUGGUCCUUCCUAUUCCAAGUUUACCGAAACUCGGAAGAUGUUUGAGCGAAAUGCUCAUGAAACGGGACAUUCCAAUCGCUACUCCCCAAAGAAAGAGAAAGUUGUUUCCAACGAGCUUCCUGAUGAGUGGUGCAGCGCCAAGUCUCACAGGGGCAGCACCGAUUCACUGGACAGCCUUAGCCCAAGGACAGAGACCGUCUCUCCAACCGUGAGUCAGCUCAGCGCAGUUUUUGAGAACACUGACUCACACAACGUGAUCGUUGUAGAGAAGUCGGAGAACAACGAAGAGUACUCUGUAACUGGUCACUAUCCGCUAAACCUCUCUUCCACUGUUGCAAAUAUCUCCUCCCCGGUUGCAAACCUUGAGGGUUUCAGUCCUCUGAAAGAUGCCAGCACGUGGUCUCCCCCAGCCAAACGGGGUACAGGCGGGAUGUCUGCUGAGAACUCUCAGCAGAAUAGCGUGUCUUCAGCACUGAGACAGAAGACUUCCACAGGCAAUUCAGCAGGUUCAAAAACAACCGAAGAGAUAAAGAAGGGUGCAGAGGCAGGUGCUGAUGCUGUUGAGAGCUCUGGAGCGAAUCAACAGGAACUGGUCAACGUGCUUGACAGUGAAAGAUCUAUGGACAGCUGUGCUAGGAGCAAGUCAAAAACAGAGGCAGAAGUUUUGUUGCAACAAAAGGAACAGUUGGAACAUGCAGAGGGUGUCUUGGAUAGAUCUGAAUCUUCAGAAUUACCAAGAAAUGUAGCUUCAGGUGGUGAUUUUGCCACAGAUGCAGUUUCAGAUGCUACCGAGUCCCAUUAUGAUGAGGCAAGUGAAAAAGAAGUGCAUGAAGAUGUGAAUAAUUUUCAGAGUUCCCACGUGUACAUGCACUCUGACUACAAUGUGUACCGGGUACGAUCGAGAUAUAACUCUGACUGGGGAGAGACAGGUACAGAACAGGAUGACCAGGAUGACAGUGACGAAAAUAACUGUUAUGAACCUGAUAUGGAAUAUUCUGAAAUUAAUGGAUUGCCAGAUGAAGAUGAAAUCCCAGCCAACAGGAAAAUACAAUUUAGCCGUGCUCCAAUUAAGGUUUUCAAUACAUAUUCUAAUGAAGACUAUGACAGGAGAAAUGAUGAAGUUGACCCAGUGGCUGCAUCAGCUGAAUAUGAACUCGAGAAGCGUGUGGAGAAACUGGAGCUCUUCCCAGUUGAACUAGAAAAAGAUGAAGAUGGACUUGGCAUAAGCAUUAUUGGAAUGGGAGUUGGAGCAGAUGCAGGACUCGAAAAACUGGGAAUAUUUGUCAAAACAGUAACAGAAGGUGGGGCAGCAGAAAGAGAUGGCAGGAUCCAAGUGAAUGACCAAAUUGUGGAAGUGGAUGGAAUCAGUCUGGUUGGUGUUACACAAAAUUUUGCUGCAACUGUUCUUAGAAACACCAAAGGGAAAGUCAGGUUUGUAAUCGGACGAGAAAAACCAGGACAAGUGAGUGAGGUUGCGCAGCUGAUUAGCCAAACUCUAGAACAAGAACGCCGCCAGAGAGAGCUGCUGGAGCAGCAUUAUGCACAAUAUGAUGCAGAUGAUGAUGAGACAGGGGAAUAUGCUACAGAUGAAGAAGAUGACGACAUGGGACCUGUCCUUCCAGGAGGUGACAUGGCUAUUGAAGUGUUCGAUCUCCCUGAAAAUGAUGACAUGUUCUCCCCGAGUGAUGUGGACACCAGCAAGCUUGCUCACAAAUUCAAAGAGUUGCAAAUCAAACAUGCAGUUACAGAAGCUGAAAUUCAGAAGCUGAAGACGAAGCUGCAGACUGCUGAGAAUGAGAAGGUGAGGUGGGAAUUGGAGAAGACCCAACUCCAGCAGAACAUUGAGGAGAAUAAGGAAAGGAUGAUGAAAUUAGAGAGUUAUUGGAUUGAGGCACAAACCCUGUGUCAUACAGUGAAUGAGCACCUCAAGGAGACGCAAAGCCAGUAUCAGGCUCUGGAGAAGAAAUACAACAAGGCAAAGAAAUUGAUCAAGGAUUUUCAGCAAAAAGAACUUGACUUCAUCAAACGCCAGGAAGCUGAACGAAAGAAAAUAGAAGAUCUGGAGAAAGCACAUCUUGUAGAGGUUCAAGGCUUACAAGCUCGCAUACGAGACUUGGAAUCAGAAGUUUUCAGGCUAAUGAAGCAAAAUGGGAGCCAGGUUAACAAUAACAACAACAUUUUUGAAAGGCAGACAUCUUUUGGAGAAGUUUCUAGAGGAGAUCCAGUGGAAAAUCUAGAUACUAAGCAAGUGUGCCUGGAUGGCUUAAGUCAAGAUUUCAAUGAAGCAGUGCCAGAAACGGAGAGGCUGGACUCCAAAGCUCUGAAGACUCGAGCUCAGCUUUCGGUGAAGAACAAGCGACAGAGGCCUUCUAGAACAAGGCUGUAUGAUAGCAUCAGUUCAACUGAUGGGGAGGACAGCCUUGAACGAAAGCCAUCAAACAGUUACAGUAGUCCCAUGCACAUUUCAAAAUCACCACUGCCCUUAUGUAUGAGAGCAUCCUCACCAGCAUCAGAUUCUGGUGCUUCUUCCCUCUCCCCCGUGGCUAGCAGUGCAACAGUCUCACUUGACAACCUAACUGAAAACCAAGAAGAAGGACAGCACCACAAAGGAGGUGUUCUUUCCCCACAUGCUCGGGGAGACACUCCACUUUCCUCUCCUUCAAUAUCUGGGCACAGCUCUGAAGCAUCUCCUUUGCAUCACCCAGCUGGCAGGAAUAUUAUACAGGAUAAAGAUGGUGCCACAUGUGCUCAGGCAGCAAGAACAACUAGCCCUAUUCUAGGGCAUACAGAGAAACUAAAGCGAAAACUUGCAGAUCUUGGGGCUCCCUUGAGAAGGAGUUCAAACAAGGGCAAGAAGCGGAAAGAGAAAGAAGCUAUUAGGGUGACCUACUGCAGUAGGACCAUCAGAGAGAUGUUGCAGAAAUCAGCAAACGCUAGAUCUGUAGCAGAUCGAUCCUCCUCUCUCCCACACUGUGUACCAUUCACAUGGUAUGGAGAGAGUGGCAAGGGAUCCCAUUCUUCCAGCAACCUGCCAUCAUCUGCCAGCUCAACUGAACCUUUCUCUGAAAAUAUAAGUCCAGCUAAAAAAGGGUCAAAGAAUUUCACGUUCAACGAUGAUUUCAGUCCCAGCAGCACAAGUUCAGCCGAUUUGAGUGGUUUAGGAGCAGAACCUAAACCUCCAGGUUUCUCACACUCCUUAGCACUGUCGUCAGAUGAGAGCCUGGAUAUGAUUGAUGAUGAGAUCCUUGACGAUGGCCAGUCUCCUAAGCACAGUCAGUGUCAGAGUCGCGCUGUUCAGGAGUGGAGCGUGCAGCAGGUGUCCCACUGGUUAAUGAGCCUGAACCUUGAGCAGUAUGUUUCCGAAUUCAGUGCCCAAAACAUUAACGGGGAGCAUCUCCUUCAGCUGGAUGGGAGUAAGCUCAAGGCUCUUGGUAUGACAUCUUCCCAGGACAGAGCAAUCGUUAAGAAAAAGCUGAAGGAAAUGAAAGCAUCCUUGGAAAAAGCUCGCAAAGCUCAAGAGAAAAUGGAGAAGCAAAGGGAAAAGCUUCGGAAGAAGGAACAAGAACAACUGCAGAGGAAAUCGAAGAAAACAGACAAGACUUCAUCAGAUGCAACAGAGGGCACUAAUGAGCAGUGAUAAGCAGAAGUGCUGCUGUGUUAGGAAAGUGGAGGCACUUCAAGGGAAGAGAAACUCAUAUCCACGCUGAUGCCCCUUCAGCUUUCUUGUAUUCAUUGCCCAAGAGUGUGUACAGAGAAAUGGGGCUAUACAUAGAAUGACUUGGGAAAUUUAUAUUGUGUAGUUUUAUUUUCCUGCAUAUCCAGUUCACGCUCGUUGCUGUUGCCAUGUGAAACGACCCCAGCCUCUCAGUUUGUUUUGUUGUUGUUGACAGCUAACAGAUUUCAUAUUUGUGUGGCAGUGUUCCCUUCCAAACUCCUCUUCUCUAUUGAGCUCUAUGUGUUUGGUCACUUCAGUAACCAGCAUGAUGCCAAGGAGCAUGGUCCACUGCUUCACCUCUUCUGAAUAGGAUGGCCAGUCAAAACGAUUGGUGAACGUUGCUUCAGCUGGGUAAAAGGAGUUGUGCUCUGUCUGAUAAGAGUUGACUUAACUUUCUAACUGGAAGUUCAGCUUCUUUACAGUGGUUGGAUACUCAGUUCCAUCUACUGGAGUAAGAUUCGUCUUGUGUCAGUACCUUGAAGCGACACUGCUCUGGAAACACAACUGUUCAGUAACUUCUUAUACACUGGAGAUAAAGACAGGAGAGUCGAUAUUCCGCCUGGGUAAAAGACAGGAGGUGAAACUCUUUCUGUUAACUGUACAAUAGUUAAUCCAGGAAGGAGGCAAAGCCUUAAAUGAUUAUGUGGGUUUACACAGAAAUCUGGGGAUAACAUUUAUCCUUUAGAUAUCUGAGCAAGGAUGAAUUUCUAACUAGAGCACAGCGUAUAUAUCUGUAUAAAUUUCAUUGUGCUCCCAGUGUGUAGGCAACUUUCUUAUAGCACACUCCGCUUUCUUUUUCAUGUGUUUUGAAUGGGAAACUGGGCUUAUUUUGUUUCAGGUUUGUCUUUUUCCAGAAAAAACACCACAUCUUCAGAUUCAUUCUCCAACAAGCAUUGGGAGAAUAAGCUUUGUGCUGUGCUGUUAUGAAGCUGUUGUUGGAAAUUAUUAUCAAAUGAGUCAGCUGAAGAUACUCAGUUUUUACAAAAGUGCACUUUAAAAAGAGGAAGACGAGGGAUUCUGGUUAAAAUUAAAUGUAGUACAUUGCUGUUAAGAUCAAUGCUGCCAUGGAGGUGAUGGUCCAAAGCUGCCAUAUAUUAACUGUUUUGAUUGAUGUGUUUAAAGAAUAUCCCCACCAAAACCUGAAUUUUUGGGCAUAGGCUGUAGAAUGUUUUGAUGGCUUAUCAUAUUACAUCCUUCAGAGAUUCCUGUUUUCCUGGUUUAUGAGGCCAUUGGUGAAGCCUGCUGUGUAGUUUUGGCUAUGACAGAAGCAGUGUAUAGCUCGCACUGCAUGGAGUUACUGCCUCUUAAGAGCAGCAUUAAAACACUCAGUAUUUCUUCAAAAGAAUAGACAGACAACAUAGACAACAGGCAAAUAUCCACAAUGAGAAGCUAGAGGUAUUAGCUUACUGCUUUAUAGUGGAAGCUAACUACAUCACAGCAUUUACAGUUGAGAAUAUAGUCACCUCCCUUUCAUGCAUCCUGGAAGUUGCAGCCUUCAUCUAGUCAUGCCGAUGCUUAAAUUGUUUAAGAUGUUGAUGCAAAGUUAGAAUCUUGAACUUAAAAGUUUGCCAGACUAAAAAAUGCAAAUACUAAAUUCUUUUGAAGAAAAUCUUUGGUUUAGUUUGUCUUGGCUUCUCUUUUGCUCUGUACUUUAUGGCAUUCAGAUUCGUGUCUGUAAAGUUCUCUGAAGCUCAGAUUCGAAACAGUUGGGGUGCAAUGUUUAUAGUUAAGUUUCUUUUGAUCCUAAUAAUUUCUUUGAUGUCUAAAAUGGUCUGUAAACUGAGAGAGCCUAGUUCAUUCAAAAUUAAUACACAACAGAUCUACUUAACAUUAGCUUUAUUUUUUCUUCCAAAUCCAAUUUUUGCAAGUUUCUGAUGUAUAUUUUAUUCAGAUCUAAAAAUUAAAUUGCCAGAAAAGAUAACUUCCUGAUAUUUCUAAGGCUUAUGAUAUUUUUCUUGAGAUAGAGCGCCAGCAAAAAAGUAUCCCUGCUAACAAGAAUUUCACAUUGCAAUGAAUCUCUGCACUCUGUAGGAGAAAAAUAAUACAACUAUUUAAUAGCCUUGUAAAACUAGCAUUCUGUUAUUUUAGGAGGUUAUCAAUUUAUAUUUGAGUAAGAGAACUUAUCUGGAAGAAACUGGAAAUCUAAUAUUUUAAGUACAAUGUUGAUAAAUGCAUUCAAUGGUGAUUUUCUUUGUAAAUUAUGUUUACAUUGUUGUAACGUUUAAGUGGUCAUGUAUAGUAAUCUAAGAUGGUGACCCUGGUUUAUGUUCUUUGUUUUCUUAGAAACCUGAGCAGACUGCCUGGCAUUAUAUAUUCAGUUUUCAUUCUUGAUGCUUAGAACAGCGCCUACUUAAUCUCUUUGUAAAUCAUGUUCUUCCUCUGCAGAAUAAGUAAUUUGACUUAAGUCCUUUAAGUAUUCAGGGGGUUUUAACUGUGUUGUGGUAAUUUUAUUUGAUUAUUCUCAGACUUAAAAAAAACCCCAAACAACAAAAACCUAACUAACUUAAAAAAACCCAAACCCUAGUGGCUUAAAUUUAAAAUAAAACCAUAAAAUGCAUUUGGACCAACACAUAAACUAAGCAAGCCAAGCAGUGUCAGGAGUUUUGCUAUUCUUUCUGUGAUAAAAGAGAUUCAUGUGGUUCCUUUUAUUAAGUAUUGUAACUCAUUGUUGGGAUGUGCAGAAGUGUCACUGGAUAACAGAUGCAAAGCUCACUUUGAAACUCUUGUUACUGUUCUGUAGGACCUUUAAAGUUGUGUUGCAUUUUUCCCCUUUGUAUUGUGUAAUGACAUAUAUGAAACAAAAUAUGUGGAUGUCUCAUCAUUCUUAACUUCAACUUUUGGUAAACCACUGUUAAGUCAGACUAAUGCGGGGUUUCGAUGUAAUAAGAAGAAACAAAUAUUCCAUACUAAAUGACUGGAAAGACUUUCUCUUUUGGCUCACCUGCAAAUGUAACUGUUGCCUACUUUUGUGUAUUUAUUUGUGGAGCUAAAGCAAUUUUGAGUAUGCUGGCUUGCCUGGCCACCUUUAAGCUGCUGUGCAGGAGCUGUGGUGUUUCCAUGUGUGUCUGUGUCAUCUUUUACACCCAGGUGAGCACAGGAAGUUAACUCCUCGCUGGUUACAGUGGCAGGCCAGUUCUGUAAGCUCUAGUUCUGCCCAUUGCUGUGGUGUUGCCAGGUUGUGAAUAUAUUGAGCUUCUGAAACGGUGAAGAAAGAAGAGUUAGCAAAAAUGGAACUCUGAAAAAUAGCAAAUAGAAGAUAAAACACUGCAGGUUACUUUAGACCUAAAAAUUGUAGCGUUUAUACUGAAAUUGUGGAGAGAGUGGUGGCUCCUUGCUCUGUCCAAGUUAGCCAGACAUACUGACAUUACUCGCUUCCAGCUUGUAUUUUCCCAUGCAGCGGGUGCUGCACCUAUGUGACUUCCAUGUUAAAACUCCCAAUUCGGUUUCAGUCAGCCCAAGCAGGUCGGGACCAGGGUGUGAGGAAGUAGCUGAACCUGUUCAUUGCAGUGCACAGAGUAUUGCCCACUGUUGCAAAGGCAUCUACUGUGCCAUGACUGUGGUCUGUUGCAGGGAUACCACAAGAAUCGAGCUGUUACUAGAAUUACAGAGCAGCUUUCCUCUGAAGCUUGCCAGUCCUCAGCUUUCAUUGACAUUCAGAAGUGCUCGACACUGGGCAUCGGGUUCCUCAUACUUCAUUGCUUCCGUCAAAGCCUCCUGUCCUCCUGAGCUGCGCUGCUAUCACCUCCUGGCUCACAAGUAAGAGAUGGGAAAUGUGUGAUUUCUGAGAAUGAAUUGAGUUACACUUUUAAGUCAGAGAAAGAAAUGCCACUCUUGUUAAUAGUGCAGAAUCCAGUUCUACAGUAGAAAGGAAAAGGAUCAUAAUUUAGUUGGGUACAACCAAGAAGUACCAUUCCAGGUACCAACACUGAAAAUCAGAAGGAAAGAUUUGCACAGAUACAGCUGUAGUUCUUUACAGCAUUUGCACUGCAGUCUGUACCGUUUCUCAGUGCUGAAAUUUAGGGGAAGUUUACCAGGAUUAAGUCUUGUGUUGAUUUCUCAGCCGUGUGUUUACAGAGAGAAAAUACUGUCAAGGCAAGAGUAAACCCUGAUCUUGCUCUUUUUAGGUGUGGCCUUGUCCCCUGCAGUAUCAUCAAGCUAAAUGAUAGAAGGGCUGGAGGCUUUUUAUAGCACUUCCAUCAUUCUGUGCUCUCCCUCACUUGAAAACCUCACGAAAGCUAUGUCAUGGUCUAAAACACUGAAAAAACAGACAUUUGAAAAAGCAGCACAUAUUUAAUUAAGUUGUAAGUCUUUUUAACAGUCGAAAUGAGCAGAGUGCACAGAGCAGUUAGUUGGUGUUGGCUUAGUUUUAUUAAAUUAGUAAUUGAAAAUAAUGAAAUCAAUUAGGCUUUCUAGAAAUCUUUAAGUGAUAUGUGGCUUGAUUCCCUCUUUAAAUAACUAUGUAUGAUUUUGUGUGUCUGCGCACAUAGGUACGUACAUGGAUAUUCACACAGAUUCCCACUGCAUUAGUAGCAGUUAGCACAUGGGCAGCUGUGUGUCAUGGGGGCCAUAGGCACACAGUCUGUGCAGGACAAGGACGGCCCUGGGACCAUCUGCAAUCUUGGAGGAGCAAGGCACUACCCCUCAGAAUCGCCAUUGUUCUCACCCCUGUGUGUGCUGGUAGCUUUGCUCACUUGUGGGGUUUUAUGUAUUUUGCAUAUUAGAGGAUUUUAAAUGUUUGCUAAGAGCACAUACAGCAUGGUUCUCCACAGGUCCUUCUGUGUGUUGGCUUUGGGUUGAUUUUUCAGGGUGGGAGGUUGGCAGGACUGAUUUAUUGGAGCAUCAGUAUUCUAGGAAGGAAACCUUUUUUUAUAUUUUAAGCCCUAACUUUGAUUUCUGUUGGAGCUCUUUCAGCAGCUCGUUUUUGAACAGGAUUGUGAGUGACAUCUGAGGUGACUUACCCAUUCACCACAGUGGAGUGUGGGUCAUAUGCACAUCACACAGUCCCUCUUGUUAACCUCCUGUAUGGAUCUUGCUGCACUUUUUCCAGCUGUAAAACUGAUUUUUCAAAGCUGUGACACCUUAGUCAUGACAUUGAGCCCUCCAGUCCCUCAUUAUAAAAUGAGUUUUCUGUUACUAACCAGCAGUACUAACUGGUACUUUUGCUGUCGGCAUUAAGUGAUGGUUUAAAAAAUGUGCAUCUUGUUGCAAGGCUUGGCGGUGGUGCCUAGAGCUGCCUGUUACUUUGGGAAGUUUGGACUGUGUUAAGAACAAGCCGUAGUUAUGCUGAGUUUGACUGCUUCCAGAGUGGGGUGAGGAGGGCUCGCAGCUCCUGAGCUUGGGUCCAACCCACAUAAUCCAGGACCAUCAGCCUCCUGCCAGGUUUUCAGUGGGACCUUUGACACCAGUGGAAGCAGGUUCAGGUCCUGGUGCAGAAGCAUCUGAAGGAAGGGGGAUCCCAGAGUACUAGACAUAAGGAGCCAGCAGCCCAUUUGGAAGUGGGGAGUGCACAGUGAACCUCUUCUGAGUAUACUUUCCCAUACACACCAUCUGAACAACUGCUUUCAUAUUUUCCAGUCACGUUGCAGUGGUAACUCACUGGUCACUGACAAGUGUUAGACAUAUUGCUAGAAGACCAGGCAGCUAAAAGACUCACAUGCACUGUGCUCACUGUAAAAAUUGGCUUCUUUUACAUUGUUUCUUUUUAUCUGGUUGAAGAGGUGGUUGCACUGCAGAUUUUUUCCUUUUUCUUUUAAUUUUUUUUUUAAGAGGUCAAAUGUAUAGACGUGCAUGUUAUCCUGAACUUUUUCUUUGUACAUCUUGGUGUCUGAUCAUCUGCAUGGAAGACAGUAGUGCCAUGUCUGAGCUUGUUCUCUUGUGCUUGGUUGAUAUGAACUUCUCUAGAUUGUUGCGUUUUCCCCAAAAUAACUUUGGUUAAUAUUUAGUUAUUGGGACACAUAAAAUAAAACCAUCAUGGUGGCCCUUUGUUUUCUUACAGUUUAAAUACAAACAACAAAGCCUUGUGGUUUCAAGUUAAUUUGUUAGUGUAAAUAAAUUUCUUGCCAAUGAGUAUUGUUGUUAGACAACGAAUGCAAUAAAAUGAGAAAUCCGGAAUCUUUAUUA